CGCGCGCACCAUGCACCGUAGUACAACUACUCGAGAAGCUGUUUGAUCAAUGCGACGAUGCGUUACAGGUUGCGUGCGCGGUGUGCAGCGCAGUGAAGGCACGCAUACCGAUGUGGUAUACAGGUAUAUACAGCGCCGGGGGAUGUAAGUCUUAUCGUAGGCAUUGUCUAUAACCCUCGCGAUGCAGUCGACAGCAACGCGCCGCACGCAGCGAAGCGUCGUCGUAGUCGUCGCGCGCGCGCGGGUCUUUGGAUUUUUGACAACAACAACAACGAUAACAACAAAUAAGUGAUAAAGAUGCGAGAAAUUUAAAAAAAAACAUGAAGUGCCCGAAGGUGACGAAGGAGGAGGAGGUGGAGUCGGUCAAAGGCGCUCCCAUUACGCUGACUCGAUGCCAGCAAUCGUUCGGCACGAUUUCUCGGCUCUCGAGUCAUCUGGAGGGCGACUGCGUCCUUCUGCCGACGAAACCGAAACAACCGGUGCCGACGUCUCGACGCGCGCCGCGACGCAGUCGAGCCGUACAGACCGAGCGGCGCGAGAUCGAGUGCCAGACCGAUCCCUGGGAGCCGCCGUUCAAGAAUCUGCCAAAGUGCAAACCCGGCGACGAGCCGGAAUUACUGAGGCUGGGAUGGCUGACCUGGGGCAAGGGACUGCCCGCGGGCGAGCGCGAGGCCCGCCUCAUCAUUCGGGCGCGCAAGCGACGCGCCUGGGAGCGCAUGCUACCGCCACCGGACUCGGCCUGCAACAUUCGCAAGCGCGAGGCCAUAAUCCGGGCCCUCGAGGCCGACGAGCUGGCCUAUCGCGACGCCGAUCUGCAGGAGAGGUACGACGGCCUGCUGAGGGAGGCGAUCCGGCGCUUGCGCUGCUGGGAGGCCAAGAAGGCGGGCAAGGCCAGGGCCAGGCUGGAUCUGCUCGAGGCCAAGCUGCAGGAGCGCGGCCAGCGCUGCAUGGACAAGCUGAGGACUCGGGCGAGCCGAGAGCUCCGGAAGCUGCGCGAAAAUCAUCGUCGAGGCUCGAUCGGGACCUGUAGAAAGAGCUGCGGAGUCGCGGGUGGAGGAGGAGGACCGUUGCCAGCGAGGAGAUCGCGACACAGACCGUGCACGGCCAAGUUAGCUCUGCCGCCGACGAGGAUGAUGCAGCCCGACGGACGCGGAGACGCCGUCCUCACCACGACCAAGAUCCCCCGUUGGCUGCUGGACAUGGUGCAGGGCAAGUCGCCCGCGCGACACGGUGGAUCCGCCGCCGCUGCCGCGGCAGCCGAGGCCAUCAAGCAGGGACUCUGCUCGCGCUGGAUGAAGAGGCUGCGCAGCGUCUGCGGCAAGGAGCAGCUCGAGGACGCCACGUCCGGAGCGCCGGAGCACGAUCUGCUGCGGCCGGCCGUGUGCAGCGGCGGAGGCGACGGACCCUGCGGCCUUCAGGCCAGCUCGGCCGAGUCCCUCGACGAGCUCGAGCGCGCCAAGCGCCUGCUACGCGCCCUCGAGCAGCGGCCUCCGGUCGACGGCGAUCUCGAGACGCCCUCGGACGGUGGGGACACGGGCGAGGGCGAGGAGGACUGGGACGCGGACUUCGACGAGCGCCGGCUCCGCUCGGACGAGGAGUCCGAGGACGAGAACGCCCCGACGACGAUACGCAGCGAGAGAUCGCUGAUAGCCUCGGAAGUGAUGGCCGCGGUGGAGGCACGCUGCAUCGCCGACAAGCUGCAGGAACUGAAUCGCGAGCUCGCGGAGCGCGAGGCCGGCCUGAGAGAGCACGAGGAGGCGGUGCAGGAGGAGCGCCGUCGAGCCGAGGAGCGACUGGUCGCCGGCAUCUGCGAGAUCGUCGAGUGCGAGCGUCGCAAGGCCGAGCGCGAGAGGAAGCUGCAGGAGAUGAGAGACGCUUACAGGCCACCUUGCCCGGAGCCAGAGCCCAAGGAAGACCCCAACGCGGAGGAUGCCUUAUUCCUCGAAGGGGAUGCCGAUGAGGAACUGGAGGACACCGUGGCGAGGCUCGUCUAUCGGCUGGUCAUACCGAAAGCCGACAGGAUAAUCGAUCAGGAGGCUGACCGAAAGCUCAGGCUCACCGCGGCUUACGGAGCCGUGCACGAUCUCAUUUACGGAUUGACGCAUCCACCCGACUGCGACAAUCUCAGCUCGUCGUCCAACUUCGAUCCAGACGAUGAUAAAUCGACGAGCGAGAAUAAAUGGACCCAGUGCGAGUCGACGGACGACGAGAACAACAUCGAGCGCCUCGGGGACGCCAUUCAGCUGAUUCUCGACAGCGUGCCGUCCGACAAUGAUAGCUCGAAAGACGCGAUACACGAAGUCUUGAUGGAGCUGCUCGAGGAAGCUCAGCAGGAGGCACGUACGGACGAGAGGACUGGUGCGGAAUGAAUACAACAAUGAAGAAGAAGAGACAAUGUUUUUUUUUUAUCGUAUCGAAAUUUAUUUAUU